GUCACAGGGUCGAACCUGACGCCACAAAAAGACGCCAAAUGAAAUGCGCGUGUCAAAGCCACGAGAGACUUCAGAGAGCAGCAGCGAUCACGAGACAUAUCCGAGAUUAGUGAAGUAACCACGUCUGUAUCCAAUGGCCACUGUUACACUUCAGGACCCAGUUCCAUCUAACAUGUUGUACGCUGGACCAUUUUUCCCAACUUCUUUUCCACAGACGAGGAAGGUGAUUACAGUCAGAGAUCCUCACGAUGACACCCGAGACAUUAUAGCUGAGAUCCAUGGACAGAGAAGGACAUCCUCACCGACUCCACCUCAGAUAAAUAAAAUUCCCCGUGAACAAUUCCUUUUCGGGUGGCCUCCAAAGAAAGAAAGGAAAAAUAAGAAAGUCAACAAGUCGGUGCAGAAGGAGCAGAUGGAACAAGUGAAACCCUCAGCUCCUGAAGAACCCGUCACAACACUUCGGUCUUCUCCUGCAUGGAAACACAACAUUUCCGUUCUUGGUGAUCAGCAGUGUGAACCUGUGACGCCUACACGGUCCAAAUGGAGACACGCCAUGAAGGUUCCUCUUCCACCAAGAGCCAAACCCCCGAAGAAGGCAGAUCCUGAGACUGACCUUGCUCCAUCAGCGAAUAGUGUGCAGGAUGAGGCAGAUCAGGAAAUCAUCACAAGACUUUUUGGUGAUAUCUCUGUUGAUUCUCUGACUCCAACACAUUCAAUUUGUAAUGACAUGGUUAAUACCUACACUGAUCCGGAGCUGAAGAGUGAGCAGAGCAAGGAAAAGCCCCAUAGACAAAUCCGUUACGGGGUCUUUCAAAGGAAAGAAGACUAUAAACGGAAAGUCAACAAGGUGGUGCAGAUGGAGCAGAUGGAACCUGUCAAACCCUCAGCUCCUGAAGAACCCGUCACAACACUUCGGUCUUCUCCUGCAUGGAAACACAACAUUUCCAUUCUUGGUGAUCAGCCGUGUGAACCUGUGACACCUACACGGCCCAAAUGGAGACACGCCAUGAAGGUUCCUCUUCCACCAAGAGCCACACCCCUGAAGAAGGCGGAUCCUGAGACUGACUUUGCUCCAUCAGCGAAUAGUGUGCAGGAUGAGGCAGAUCAGGAAAUCAUCACAAGCCUUUUUGGUGAUAUAUCUGUCGAUUCUCUGACUCUAACACAUGCAACGUGUAAUGACAUGGUUAAUACCUACACUGAUCCGGAGCUGAAGAGUGAGCAGAGCAAGAAAAAUCCCCAUAGACAAAUCCGUUUCGGGGUCUUUCAAAGGAAAGAAGACUAUAAACGGAAAGUCAACAAGGUGGUGCAGAAGGGGCAGAUGGACCCGUCGAAACCAGUCACAACACUUCGGUCUUCUUCUGCAUGGAAACACAACACUUCCAUUAUGUAUGAUCAGCAGCGUAAGCCCGUGUCACCUAUGCGGCCUAAAUGGAGCGACGUUGUGAAGGCUUCUUUACGAAUAGCUACACCCCCGAAGAAGGCGAAUGAUGAGACUGUUCCCGCAUCAGCAGUGUAUAGUGUGCAGAAAAGGUCUGUUCACACUGCUGUCGGGACGGCGCUGGAGAGUAUGAAGCACGAGGUAAAGUCCAAUGUGCAAGUGUGGCAGUCGUCAAAGAGGAAAAGAAAAAAAAAUAACGCUGUUGUUGUCCUGUAAGGUGAUCCUUCUCAAAAUGCAUAAUCAAUAACAUUUUCUGAGAUUGACGACUGUACUUGUGGUGUUUUGUCACAGAAGCUCAGUGCUGAAAUACUGAAACUAUUAAAACAGCGAUUUGACGAUGUAUCAGAUUGCAGAAACGUGUUCAUUAAAUGCAGGGGUCCCCUAAUUCUUAUCUGUGAGGCCACAUAAUAUUUCCUUUUUUUAAUAGGGGGCGGGUCGGUCUGUAACAGAAAAUGACAUGGGCCGGAGUAGAUACCAGUGUUGUUGUGGAGAUUUUAUUAUUAUUUUUAAUCUAUUUAUUAUGGUAUUUAUUGUAUAUUUAGUUUAUUAUUUAUUAUAUAUUUAUUAUUAUUUUGUUAUGCACCAUACAGACAAAUCAGCAUUACUUUUCAAGAGAUAUAUCGCCCAUAAAAAGAGC